GGGCUGUUUCACGAAGCAGGUUUUGCAAACUCUGGGUUAAAACUUGAACUCUGAGUUGAUUAACUCUGAGAUGUCAACCUCUGAGUUUUUGGUUUCAGAACAGGUGAUAACUAUUAGUUUAUAAAACUCUGAGUUCAAUUAACCCUGAUUGUCACGCGUGCACGAGCACAUAAAAAGGCUCUAUCAAUGGCAUCCAGAGAAAAUGAUUCACCAUGACAACACAGGGAAACAAAUCUCGCGCUUCCAAUUUCACCCCAGUGGAGCUUGAAUUAUUAAUGAUGGCGUAUGCUGAAUACGAGCAUGCCAUAUCAAAAAAAGGAAACACGAUUGUUGCUGCGAAAGAACGGGAACAAGCGUGGCAGAAAAUAGCUGACCGAGUGAAUGCGUGUAACCCAACCGGCAUAAAGCGCACUUGGCAGCAAAUAAAGAUGAAGUAUAAAAAUAUAGUACAAACAGCCAAUAGGAAAAAGGCAGAGGCCCGAAAAACUGGUGGGGGUCCACCACCAACACCUCUCACAGAGGCUGAAGAGAUGGCUCUCAGCCAAAACACUGGCCGGCCCAUGGCUGAUGGCAUCCUUGGAGGAAGUUCCUCCGAUACAGCCAUGCCCCAGGACAGAAGUUCAUACAGAAGAAUUACUGAUGGAGUAAUCUCUGUUGUGGAACUGCCAGACACCCAUGAAAUGAGCAAUGCAGAGAAUCUCCAGGGUGAACCGACUGCAUCCACAGCCACAGCUCAGCCUACCUCUCUCCCUGUAAAGCAGUUGUACAAAAUAUACCUUGAGAAACAAAUUGACAAAUCGGAUCUGGAAAUGGAACACAUUAAACAAAAAAU